AGGGGCGUGUAGUUCCGGGCGGGAGGAGCUGGCGAUGGCGAUGGCGCUGGGCGCCGUGUGUCGCCGCUGGCGGCUGUUCCACCGCCGAGUCCUCAUCCCCUGGCCCACAGUGGGCAGCAGACCGGGGCUGUGCGGGCUGUCCUCCGGCGGAGAGGGGCCCGGGAGCGGGGUGAGGGUGCGCUUCGGGCCGAGCCCCACAGGUUUCCUCCAUCUGGGUGGACUCCGCACAGCUCUGUAUAAUUACAUAUUUGCCAAAAAGCACAGAGGCCAGUUUAUCCUCCGUAUAGAAGACACGGAUCAGAGCCGUCUUGUGCCUGGAGCAACGGAAAGCAUUGAAGACGUACUGGAGUGGGCAGGGAUACCCCCCGAUGAAAGCCCUCGUCAUGGUGGCUCCUGUGGACCUUACCAGCAAUCGGAGCGACUUGAUCUGUACCGGAAGGCUGCUGAAACUCUAGUGAAGAGAAAUGCAGCAUAUUAUUGCUUCUGCACUCCGUCACGCCUGGAAAUAUUGAAGAAGGAAGCGCUGAGAAUGAGGCAGACACCAAGGUAUGACAACCGUUGUAGACACCUCUCUGCCGAGCAGAUCGAGAAGCGACUGGCACGAGGUUCCCCGUAUGUUAUCAGAUUCCACCUGGACCAGGGCACGGUGACCUUUGAAGAUCUGGUGUAUGGACUGAGCAGGAUGGAGCCAGCCAGUGUGGAAGGAGACCCCGUCAUCCUCAAGGCAGACGGGUUUCCGACCUAUCACUUGGCCAACGUGGUUGACGACCAUCACAUGAAAAUCAGCCACGUUCUGCGGGGAACGGAGUGGCUUACUUCCACUGCCAAACAUGUGAUGAUGUACAGUGCCUUUGGCUGGCAGCCGCCAAUAUUUGCUCACCUUCCUCUCCUCCUGAACACAGAUGGCAGCAAACUGUCUAAGCGUCAGAGCGAUCUGUUCAUUCAGAACCUUUCCCAGAGUGGCUACCUGCCGGAGGCUCUACUUGACAUUGUUACCAACUGUGGAUCGGGCUUCUCAGGCAAUCGUACUGGUCGAACCCUGGAGGAGUUGGUGAGUGAGUUUGACUUGACUGGAAUCACAACUCACUCUGCCUUGUUGGACCUUGACAAACUGCCAGAGUUCAACAGAAUUCACCUGUUGCGCCGCAUCGAGAACAGCAGCUCAAGGCAACAGCUGGUGAUGGAGCUGCAAGCACGAGUGGAGAAGGUGUACAAGGAAAAGCUGCUGGAGGGAGAGGCCCUGUGCACGGACUAUGUGGAACGGGUGCUGGAACACCGGAAGGGGCACAUCACAUCUUUGCUGGACCUACUGAAGCCAGCCUACUCUUACCUGUGGAUCCGGCCUCCUGUACCCCGAGAGCAGAUGGAGGGUCUGACCACGGAGGGAGAAAAGAUCUGCAGCAUGGUGAUAAGCCUGUUUCAAAACUGGACUGAGGGUAAUGGGACGAUGGCGGAGCUGAACUCUGAGCUGAGGACAUUACAGGCACAGUUCACAACCACCAAAUACAGCGUCAUGAUGAAGCUCCUGCGACUGGUUCUCAGUGGGCAGCAGCAAGGAGCGGGUGUGGCUGAGAUGAUGCUGUCCUUGGGGCCUGAAGAAGUCUGUGAACGACUGCAACGAGUGAUCGUCCAUUGAGCCCACGGGCCUUUCUCCUACCUGUGUACUGGGGGGGGGGGAUUGUGCUUGAUGUAUCCCUCCAUUGGUAUGGAUAUUUUUCACAACCGACAGAACAUCGAAGAAGGGAAGCUGUUAAAUGUCCAGACAUUUGAUACCACUGGUUAGAGCUACCUGCUGUCAUGACAGCCUCUCUAAAUGGUCCUACUUUGUGAUUGUAGCCCUCUAUCCAAGGGAUUUGGGUAUCAGUUGGAGUGGAGUUAGGCAGGGAAGGGAGAGGCUUCUAUCUCCAUAGGGUUUUCCCAGCAUGAUCCUACACUAGGAGAUGAGUCUCAAGUCCAAGAUCACGUGCAGCUUUCAGCGUUGAUCAUCAAUGACCAAGAACAGCAAACCACUUGUUUAAGAAGGAACUGCAGAUCAUGGAAAAUCGAAGGUACACAAUAAUACUGGAGAAACUCAGCAGGUGCAGCAGCAUCUAUGGAGCGAAGGAGAUAGGCAACGUUUCGGGCUGAAACCCACAGCAAUCCACUUGCUCUCAACAACAUGGACAUUUGGUAUCAAUGGAUUUACAAUAGACUAUUUAAUGCAGGUGUUCUAUGAUGCACACCUUCUGCCUUUUACCCUGCUUCAUGUUAUCCUUUCUGUAUUUCAUUCUAUUUUCUUCUCUCAUGUCCCUAUUUCCUCUUAUUAUGUCCAUUUAAUUCCAACAUAAUUCCAUUUUGGGUAAAGAAGUGUCUCUUCAAUUCCUUACUGAAUUUGUUAACUAAUUUAUAUUUAUUAUCUUGUAUUUAUCUCCUUUAGUUUUGGUUUCCCCCUUCCCUCCAUUGCAAGUAUUUUCUCUGCAGAUACCCUGUCAAACCUAAUGUAUUAUUUCAAUGUCGUAACGAGCCCAUCUUUUCUAGAUAAAAGGUCUCUGGUUGAUCAAUCUACCUGUUAGUUACAGCUUUUUAAACAUAAACAUCUUGAGAAUUGAUGAGAACCAGGGUAUGUUUUAUAAGAUGGUCAUUGCUGAUUGAUCAAGGACUAAAAGAAAAAUAUAUAAAUGUUGAUACAUACCUUCAGUUCAACCCGUUAAUGGAAGUAUUGUUUGUUGUGAAUUUCUUGUUCUAUUUUUCCUAGUUUAACUUAUGAAACAUAUACAUAGAAAAUAGGUGCAGGAGUAGGCCAUUCGGCCCUUUGAGCCUGCACCGCCAUUCAAUAUGAUCAUGGCUGAUCAUUCAACUCGGUAUCCUGUACCUGCCUUCUCUCCAUACCCCCUGAUCCCUCUAGCCACAAGGGCAACAUCUAACUCCCUCUUAAAUAUAGCCAAUGAACUGGCCUCAACUACAUUCUGUGGCAGAGAAUUCUAGAGAUUUACCACUCUCUGUGUAAAAAAUGUUUUUCUCGUCUCAGUCCUAAAAGAUUUCCCCUUGAUCCUUAAACUGUGACCCCUUGUUCUGGGCUUCCCCAACAUCGGGAACAAUCUUCCUGCAUCUAGCCUGUCCAACCCUGUCCAAGCCUGAAGUGGUUGGUGGUAAUGUGUACAAUUGCUGGUUAAACUGUGGUCCUGGAUUUACCGCCUCUGCAUUAAAGUCCCAACAGGGGAAGCGCGUGAAGUACAGUUCACUUAUUCUGGUGCUCUGAAGGCUAGCACUGGCAAAAAGACCAUGAGCAACUCAAACGGGCUCAUCUUUCUGACAAGUAACUCUAGUGAAGUAUUCUGGACACAAGAUAGUGACAGGAGUUCUGGCUUUACCAGCUUUGCUCCCAUGUCACACCUCUUAAUUUGAAAUUAAAAAAUGCCAGAUGCUGGAAAUCUGAAAUUUAAACAAACAAAUAAAUAAAUAAUGUUGGAAACACUCAGCCAGUCAGGGAGGAUCUGUGGAAAGAGAAACAUUUGAUUUCAGUUGGACAACCACUUCAUCCGAUUUAACAAAGGAUUCCAUCAAAAUGCUACCCAUUUCUCUUACCACAGAUGCUGCUUGGUCUGCAACGUGUUUCAGCAUUUUAUUCUUAUAACUAACUUCUUCAAGUUUAGUAAGUAAAACAAAGUGCUAUUCACAUGUUGUUGAAAUCUGCAGGUGCUUUAUUAUUCAGUACAUGUUAGAGAACAAUUAUUUUGAAGGCAAGCUUUGUGAAUGGAAUGAAUCUGAAAUAAAGGGAAUGCUAGAAUUGUGUAAU